UUGAAUGACUAUAAGAAACAUCGCAAAUAAAUCUAGUGUUAGUCGACUUUUGUAUUAAAUUAGAAUCAGAUAUCAUGACCGUGGCUUCAUGAUGUAAUGAUAUUUAAGAUUUUGUGUAUUCUUAUAAUUCCUUGUAAUAUAUAUUUCAUUAUACGGAGAAAUUUAUUGUGUUUAAUGAAGUGUUUAUGAAAUAAAUUGUUUCAGAAAAUGGCUUUUCAAAAAGUUGUACCGCUGCUAUUUUUUCUAACAACGUAUUGCCAUUCAGCCAAUAUCCUAUAUGUGAUCCCGUUUACAUCGAAGUCCCACUAUAUAAUGUUGAAACCCAUUGGUUUGGAAUUAGCACGUAGGGGCCACAAUGUAACUGUUAUUACAGCCAAUAGGGAGAGCAAUCCGCCACCCAAUUAUCGCGAGGUUAUGGUGGACGAUAAAGAAAUUUGGGAUGUUAUGGGUGAUGAAAGGCCUAAUAUCUUUACAAUGGCAAGUCUAUCAGCUGAAGAGUUCCAUAAAAAGAUACUAUGGAACGGUGGAACUGCGUUUACAGAGCUAACUCUCAAUUCGACUGCUAUCAAAGCAUUUUUAAAUGAAGAAAACACAUUCGAUUUGGUUAUCUGCGAGCAAUUCUUUCAAGAGGCUCUGUAUGCACUCGCGCACAAAUACAGCGCUCCUCUCGCCUUGGUCACAACGUUCGGCAAUUGUAUGAGACACAAUUUCGUGACAGGGAAUCCUUUGCAAGUUGCCACAGCUAUUUCUGAGUUUCUAGACUUGGAGGACCCUACAAGUCUCUGGGGAAGAUUCCGGAACUUGUACUUUACUAUCUACGAGUAUGUCUGGUGGAAAUACUGGUAUUUGGGAAAGCACGAGGCGUUGGUUAAGAAAUAUAUUCCUGGGCUUCCACAACCUGUGCCCAGUUUGUAUGAUAUACAAAGAAAUGCUUCACUAAUGCUGAUUAACAGUCACUUCAGUUACGACACUCCUGUAGCCUACUUGCCCAAUAUAGUGGAAAUUGGCGGUAUACAUUUAACGAAAUCAGAAAACAGCCUUCCAAAGGACCUUAAGCGCCUAUUAGAUGACUCGAAAGAAGGCGUAAUAUAUAUAAACUUUGGUUCAAAUAUUAGGAGUUCAGAACUGCCAAUUGAGAAGAGGGACGCGUUUCUCAAAGUUUUUAGAAAAUUGAAACAAACAAUUCUGUGGAAAUGGGAAGAUAAAGCGUUAGAGGGUCAACUCAGCAACCUGGUAACGAAACCGUGGCUUCCUCAAAAGGAUAUUUUAGCUCAUCCGCAUAUAAAGGUGUUCAUAUCGCACGGUGGACUGAUCGGGACACAAGAAGCUAUAUACCACGGGGUUCCUAUAAUAGGAAUACCGAUAUACGCCGACCAGUUCAACAAUCUUCUUCUAGCUCAGCAAAUUGGCUUUGGAAAAGUAAUGCGAUAUCAAGAUAUAAAUGAAACUGUUUUGGAAACUAUUCUGCACGACGUACUGAAUAAUAAAAGUUAUACAAUUAAAGCCAAAGAGAUGUCCAAACGAUUCAAUGAUAGGUUGAUGAAUCCUCUGGAUACUGCUAUGUUUUGGUUAGAAUAUGUUAUACGGAAUAAAGGUGCCGACUUUAUUAAGAAUCCUGCAAGAAACAUGACUUGGUAUGAGUAUACUUUACUAGAUGUUUAUAUUUUAGUGGCAAUUGUUGUAUUAGUAAGUGUAUUUAUUACAAAUAACUUAAUUCGUAGGAUAAAAAAUGGCAAUAAAUUUACUCAAUCAAUAGUAAAACAUAAAAAACUCCAUUGAAAUACAUAAUAUAACAAUUUUGUGUAGAUAAAAUUAAUGUUCUUGCUUUAUAUAUUUAUCGUCUUUAAUUACACUAUUUUAUUUGGGUUAAUGGUAGAAUAAAGAAAGAUCCUAACUCUUUAUAAAACAUGUAUGGAUAAGUAAAGUUAUGGAAGCAUAGUGGCUCAAAUUACGUCAUAUAAUAUUGCAUUGACCAUUUUGGACUUUUUGUAAAGAUUUUUUGGUGAAGUUUUUAUAUUUGUUUAAGUAUAUCUAAUGCAUUAAUGACUAUACUACUAUAUAAAUGCGAUUAAUGAACUACUACUUCAGUAGGUAUAUACUAGACUAUUUAUUGCAUACAUAUCAUUUCUUAUUUCUUUUUCUAUCUAUUCUUAUUUCUUUUGACCACGCCAGCGAAGCCGCGGGCGAAUAGCGAUAUAAGCGAUAGUGAUAUUGUAAUGUCGAAAACAAUUUGCGGAUCUUUUUGCUGUAAUUUGUAAUGAUUUUCUCAUACAGUUGUUUUCAUAACAAAUAAUAAAUAAAAGUUUUGUAUUUCUAAAGAAA